AUGGCUAAGCAGGAUAUAAGCACCUCAAAAGACCUGGGUAAGGGGUGGGAUCAUGAACUGGACACAGCAGGUGUGGGAGACAUGUGGCGAUCAUCACAAAUUCCUAAAAGGAAGCCCAAACACAG